CAAAAUAUUAAAACUUGAGCAAUAAUAUUGUAGCAAGUUGAAUAAACUUUUUAUUUAAAUUCACCGAAAAUCCUUAAAGAAUGACAGUUUCUUAUACGGCAGAAGUGGCACAUAGUACUUGGUUCGGUUGUUUUCCAAAACUUUUAUUAAGAUGGCGAGCCAGCAUUUACAAACUUAUUUGGGUGGAUGUUCUGACUUAUAUAGGCAUUUAUUAUGCUAUAAAUGGAACUUAUCGUUUUCUAUUGAAUGCAGACCAAAAGAAAACGUUUGAAGUCUUUGUGAAAUAUUGCAAUACAAGCUCUGCUUUAAUACCUUUGAUGUUUGUAUUGGGCUUCUAUGUCUCGAUUGUUAUUAAGCGCUGGUGGGAACAGUAUAUGACUUUACCCUGGCCAGACAGUACGGCUGUAUAUGUCUCAUCUUUGAUAAGAGGUCAAGAUGAAAAUGGUCGUAAAAUGCGCCGUACUAUUAUGCGUUAUGUUUGCCUAAGUCUGACUAUGGUUUUGACAAUGAUAUCACCACGUGUUAAAAAGCGUUUUCCUACCCUGGACCACUUAGUAGAUGUUGGUUUAUUGGUUGAAAAUGAAAAAGUUAUAUUGAAAAAUAUGAAUGAGAAAUUUGCCAAACAUCCAAAACAUUGGAUGCCUAUAGUAUGGGCCUCAAGUAUUGUUACACGAGCCCGGAAAGAAGGACGUAUACGCGAUGAUUCUUCCUUAAAGACACUCAUCGAUUCUUUGAACUCGUUUCGGGGCAUGUGUAUGGUUUUGUUAUUUUAUGAUACAAUUAGCAUACCACUGGUUUACACUCAGGUUGUAACUAUAGCAGUUUAUUCGUAUUUGUUGACUUCGGUGUUUGGUCAUCAAUGGACUGGAGAGACCGAUGAUAAGGGUAUGAUGAAUAUCGUGGACUAUUUUUUUCCUUUCUUUACGGUUUUGGAAUAUUUGUUUUUUAUGGGUUGGCUUAAAGUUGCAGAAUCGUUGAUAUGCCCUUUUGGUGAUGACGACGAUGAUUUUGAGGUAAAUUGGUUAAUUGAUCGAAAUUUACAAGUUUCAUACCUAAUUGUGGACGAAAUGCAUAAUGAACAUCCCGAGUUAAUAAAGGAUCAAUAUUGGGAUGAAGUAUUUCCCGCAAAAAUGCCAUAUAAAACAGAUGGAAUAAUAAAAAUACCGGAAGAUCCGCCACUACAUUCUACUGCCGAACUGGACAAGAAAAAUACUACUUCAAGAGUACAAAUUUUGCAAUCAGUUACUAGAUUCUUUAGCAAACAUUGUAAUCGUGAGGAAACAUAUCGCCUGGAUGUGACAGAAAAUUUACAUAAAUCAGACUCGCGUUUAAGUCAAUCUUCCGAAAUUUCACAAAAAAUUCCAAGCACAUUAAGUGGUCAAAAUCUCAACAAAACUGAAGCCUUAAAUUUGAUUCCUAUAGUUAGCGUCAUGUCUGAUUUCAAGGAAGGCUAUUACCUCAAAGCAAGUGAAGAUGACGAUGAAGUAGAUGAUUUUGAAAAAUUAAAGAAACAGCGACAACAAGAAAGACUGCAGCGACAAAAGACCCAAUUUAACUUGAAAGACCAGAGUGAAAAAGCCGAUGAUCUUAAAAGUACAACUUCAAGAAUUUCUAGAGUUUCACAAGGUAAAAAAUCAAAAAAGAGUUCAUCCUCAAAAUCAUCUAUUGCUAAUAGCAGCGAAUCCAAGAAGAGUGUUUAAUCAAGUAGACAUAUUUAUGUACUACAUUUCAUGAAUUCUCAACAAUCGUUUUUUUGAAAUUUGUGUCAAUAUUUUGUUAUUAUAAUUUUCUUAUAUAAAACAUAUAAUUAUAAUUUUGAAAUAAAUUUAGAAAAAUGACCGUUACUUAUACAGCUGAAGUUGCUACUUGCAAAAAAUUUGGUUGUUUUAUAAAACUUCUAGGCAGAUGAGGAAGCUAAAAG